AUGGGUCAUUUCAACGGGAUCUUCUUUGCCAUCUACAAGUCGAGCCGAGUCACGGGCAACAUUAUUUCGUCCCUCGUGCUAGACUACUUUGCUUGGACGUCGACGACGAUGAUCAGCAUAUUCACGUGCAUCGGGCUCUGCGGCACCAUCCUGCUGUGCAUGCUACCGACCAUUGCCUCACCGACUCAAGACGAUGAUUGCGAGCCCUCCACUCGCAUGCUCACAGCGCUCAAGGUAUUAGCCCUGGACAAACGCAUGAUGGCCCUGGCGCCCGUCUUUUUCUUAAACGGCUUACAGCAAGGCUACGCAACGUCCGAGUUCACGUCCAACUUCGUUCGUCUGUCCUUGGGUAGCACCUCCAUCGGCUACGUUACGGCAGUGUUCGGAGUGGUCAACGUUGCGGGAUCGUAUGCGAUUGGCAAGCUGGCAGACAGAUUUGACCCCGUCAUAGGCCACGCAGUUGGCUACGGCGUACUGAUCGUCUCGUACGGCUUGAGCUACGGCUUCGACGUUGUCCAGUGCGACAAGCAAUGGGCGUUGGUUGUGGUCCUUGCCGUCUUGCUUAGCAUCGGCGACGCAUGCUCCACUACGCUGACCAAAGGUUUGCCUCGAUGGAAUGUCCAAAGUAUGACCGCGAAGGUGCUGGGCCAAGCAUUGAAUUCGGUGAAGGCGUUUUCCGUCUUUACGAUUUACCAGUCGGGGACUGUGAGCGCGUCGUUCUUUCUGCUCAAGUAUAUGCGGUAA